AUGGCUGAGGCAAUUGUUUCCUUUGUGCUCCAAAGGGUCGGAGACUUCACCACUCAGGAAGCAAAGUUCUUGUCUGGAGUCAGCCAUCAAGUUGAGGUUUCACAAACUGAGCUACAAUUGAUGCAGAGAUUCUUGAAAGAUGCAGAUGCAAGACAAGGAGAAGAUGCAAGAGUCCAGAUUUGGGUUGCCAAGAUUAGAGAUGCUGCCUAUGAUUUGGAAGAUGUUAUUGAAACUUAUGGCUUGAAAGUGGCUUCCAAGAAGAAAACAGGUAUGAAGAAUGUUCUUAAAAGAUUUGCCUGCAUCUUCAAGGAACGAGUUGAUCUUGGCAAGAUUGGGGCAGAAAUUGAGAACAUUACUGCCAAAAUUUCUAAUUUGAGGAUGAGUUUGCAAAGCUAUAACAUUGUAAGGGAAACAAGAGAGAUUGGAGGUGCAUCUUCUUUGCAAUCAUUUGAGAGACAACAACAACUAAGGCGAACUUAUUCUCAUGUUAUUGAACGUGAUGUUGUUGGGAUAGAAGACAAUGUAAAGGAAAUAGUCACACAUUUGGUGAAGGAAGAAAGUUGCCUCCGAGUUGUUUCUAUUUGGGGUAUGGGUGGUGCAGGGAAAACCACACUUGCAAAACAGAUUUAUCAUCACAAAGAAGUUAGGUGUCAUUUCAAUAGUUUUGCUUGGGUGUGUAUAUCUCAACAGUAUCAAGUAAGAGAUGUUUGGGAAGGCAUUUUAAUUAAACUCAUUUCUGCCACCAAGGAACAAAGAGAAGAAAUUGCAAAAAUGAGGGACUAUGAAAUAGCCAAGAAGCUUUUUCGCGUCCAGCAGGGAAAGAGAUGCUUGGUUAUACUUGAUGACAUUUGGAGCAUUGAGACAUUUAACUCUUUGAAAGCUGCAUUUCCAUUAACAUGUGAGGAAACACAAAGCAGAAUUUUACUUACAACACGCAAUGAAGCAGUGGCUUUGCAUGCUGAUAGAAAUGGUUUUCUUCAUCAACCCCAGGCACUAAAUGAAAUCAAAAGUUGGGAACUAUUUGAGAAGAUAGCAUUGUCUGGAAGGGUUGAUAAAGAUUCUGGAGUUUACAUAAAGAUGAAAGAACUUGGAAUGGAGAUGCUUCGACAUUGUGCAGGUUUGCCAUUAGCCAUCACUGUGCUUGCCGGAGUUCUAGCAAGAAAAAACACUGUUAAUGAGUGGAUUACAGUGCAUGCAAAUGUUUAUGUAUACAUAAGGAGAGGCAUAGGUCCCGAAGAAGAAUAUGCAGGUGCUUCAUGGGUAUUGGCAUUGAGUUAUGAUGACUUACCUUAUCACUUAAAACCAUGCCUAUUGUAUUUAGGCCAUUUUCCUGAAGAUUUUGAGAUUCCGGUGAAAAGAUUGACCCAAUUAUGGAUGGCAGAAGGUCUCGUCUCACUGACACAAGGACAAGGUUUAGGGGAAGAAAUGGAGGAUAUAGCGUACCAUUGCUUAAGUGAGUUGAUGAUAAGGUGUGUGGUUCAAGUUGGAGAAACGGGUUCAAUUGGUACGAUUAAAACUUGUCGAAUUCAUGAUCUUGUAAGAGACUUGUGCUUGUCAAAGGCGGAAGAGGAGAACUUUCUCCGAGUUGUGAAUUCUUCGCAGAGAAAUGAGGCAAUCAGUCCUUUUUCUUCUUCUAUGGUAACCAAGGCAGCACCAUUGGGGAAAGUUCGAAGACUUGCCAUCUACUUGAAUGAGAAUGCUGAUACGUUGGUUCCAUCAAGAUAUGAGAAAGAUGACCACCUUAGAUCUCUAUUAUACUUUGGCUUAAAAGAAUGGAGGAGACAAUGUAAAAGAUUGAUACUUACCAUGUUCAAGGAUUUCAAAUUACUUAGAGUUUUGAAGGUUGAAGGUAUGAACAGAGAAGCAGAGUUGCCAAGUGAAAUUGGAAAUAUGGUCCACUUAAGGUUUUUAAGCCUGAGGGGAAGUAAUAUAAAACGGAUUCCUGCAUCUCUGGGUAACUUGAUAUGCUUGCAAACUCUAGAUCUUCGAGUUGAAGAUAGUUGGCUGUUCAUCCCAAAUGUCAUAUGGAAGAUGAAACACACUUUAUAUCCUGUUUCAAGCUCCAAUUGUGAUUUGAAUGAUCUUACUGGUCUAACAAAUCUUAGAAAACUGAGUAUAACGCUGUCAAGCCCCUUAGAAAAUCUGGAGGAAAUCUUGAAAUCUACUGGCAGCACGCUUAACCAUAUACGGUCUCUAUUUGUGUACACAGAUUUGGCAGUCACUGGUUCUACAGAGCAAGUUACGCAAAUAGUAUCAAGUUGUCGUCAUAUAUACAAACUGAAGCUGGAAGGGCCGACUGCAGAAUUACCGAGAGAGCUCCAUUGCUUUCCCAACCUCACCAAGUUAACACUGCGUCGCUUCUUUCUCAAGGACGACCAAAUGGGAAUUAUAGAGAAGCUGCCAAACCUAACAACUCUGAGGCUGGAACAAAACACUUUCAACGAGGAUGCAAAGAUAUUGGUUUUUUCCAGAGGAGGCUUUCCUCAUCUUCAAUUUCUUUCACUUUUUCACAUGUCUGAAGUAAAAGAGUGGAGGGUGGAGGACGGAGCCAUGCCUAGUCUCCGCCGACUGAGCAUUAAAUAUUGCAACGGAUUGAUGACAAUUGUAGAUGGGCUGAGAUAUCUUACUACCCUCAGGGAAUUAAGCAUUGAAGGGAUGUCAAGUACAUUCCAGAGUAAGCUUAAGGCGGGAGGAGCGGAUUUCCAUAAAAUUCAACAUGUGACUUCCCUUGUAUUUGGGGCUGUAGAUGCUCUGUGUGCUGGUGUUGAUCUUCUAAAUGGAAUGAGUACUGAGUUUGCAUUAUCCUACUGUACUAGCAGCUGGGACUUGCAUGACAUGGGGAAAAUAUAUAUUUGCAGAUCAAGCUGA